AUGGCGCCCCAGGAUUCAUUCAUAGAAGAGGAGGAGGACACCUGGUAUGAUUUAUCACCUGCCCGAGGGGUAGCACUCGCAGUGCACUGCUCCUUGGGUAAUGAAAGCUUGGUACCCAAAGCUGACGAUUUAACAGCCCCCUCUGUAUCGAAGAGUUCGAUCUUUCAGAUCGGAACUUUCGACCAUGUCCUUGUGGCUACCAGAGUCGCCGAGUUCCGUGCGAAUAUUCAGAAGAACCAGAAGAAGCGAGCUUCCGACCAACGACAGAAGGAGCUAAUGAAGCGCGAAGCUGAGAAGGAGAACCGCAAGAACCUCAUCGGUGUGCGUGUUGUUCAAAAGAACUUGGUCUAUAUCACAGGCCUGGCUCCCACUGUUAGAGAAGACGAGCUGCUCAAGACACUGCGAAAGCCCGAAUUCUUUGGUCAAUACGGCAAUAUUCAAAAGAUAUCGAUCAGUAACCGAAAGAGCUCGGAUGGCCAGCACCAGUCCUUGGGCAUAUACGUCACCUUCGAAUACCCGGAAGAAGCGACGCGUUGUAUUCAAGCCGUGCACGGAUCACAAAAUGGCGACCGAGUCCUGAAGGCACAGCACGGCACGACGAAAUACUGCUCAGCUUGGUUGAAGAAUGAGAAGUGUGGUAACCCUGGCUGCAUGUUCUUGCACGAGCAGGGCGAUGAGGAGGAUAGCUACUCCCGCCAGGACCUGUCUUCUAUGAACAGUAUCGCUUCUCAGCGGCCUUUACCCGGAGGCGGCUCCCGGUCUGCUUCCCGACAACAAGCUCCUCAUCCUACACCACCACCUGUCGUAUCCUAUCCGAUGACACGAUCCAUUAGUAAAGAAGGGUCAGAGACUGGUGCCGACGGGUCAGCACUGCCGUCCUCAGCCAACUGGGCACGCAACCCCCAGCGGAGUCGUAGGGGCAGCCUUGCCACUAGUGGUGCUGCAUCUAGCCCUGCUGUCUCAUCAGCUCAGCCCGUGACGGCAGAACCCGUGCCGGAGGAAGCUGUCGAGGAAGAAAAUGAACAAGAAGAGGGAGACGAUGACGGAGAUGACGAGGAAGAAUCUGAAUCCGAGUCCGAGUCCGAGUCUGACUCUGAGGAGCCUCAAGAGGAGGAGCCGGUGGCUGGUCCCUCGACUUCUAAGGUCAAUGAGUCUAAUUCUUCCACACUAUCUGUGGGAACCCCCGACAGCAGGCUCAAGGAGAUCCUCAAGACCUUGGGAAGCUGCCCUUGGCCCAUCUUUCCUGAUGCCCCAGCAGACUGGCCGCCUAUGUUUGAUCCUCAUGGCGGUGAAAAGCGUCGAGCAAUGCGGGAAGAGGAGGACUCGCGUCUGAGCGGCGAACAAGAAGAGCGCCCUGAAGCUCGCGAGCCAUCUGAAGGAGAGCCAGAGACUGGUGGCAGCCUUGCUCUAGGAGGAGAACCUGAGGACCGUGACACAUCCAACGACAAUAGAGGUUUCGAUCGUCGACCCAGCACUCAGCCUCCUAUUCAACGAGGCUCUACAGAUGGCCUGUUCGGACCCGCUCUUUCCGGAGCUUUACCUUUUGGACAAAACUCAGGCAACCCAGGUUCUCGCUCUAUGACACCUCAGCAGCUGUUCCUCAGAUCUCAGAGUGGUUUUGAUGAACCUCCUCCUGGCAUUUCUAACCAAAGCAAUGCUUUCCAGAACCAGAAUCAGGGCCAAGGUCAGAGCCAAGGUCAGGGCCAAGGCCACAACCGUCAAUCGUCGAGAUUCAAUUUCGCCAAUGACAAUGCAAGCUCUACCACCAAUGUCAAGGUUGCAGCCAACCCUCGCAUCAUGGCUCAGCAGUCUUCCAUGAUGCCCAAUACCUUCCAGUCACAGGGCAACAACCAGUUUUACGGUGCUUCCAUGCCUGGACCACCACCUGGUCUUAAGUCGACCGGUACACCUCCCAGCAUGUUUAACCAGUAUGGCGGACAGCCCUUCGGUGGUGCUCCCAAGGACAACUCGAAUGAUCUUCUUCAAAGUUUAAUCGGCCGCGGCCGGGCUGGUAACAACCAGUCCCACGAUGCGGGAAAGCCUCCUGCUUCCGGGCUCUUGCCGUCGCUCUAUGGUAAUACACCUGGAGCAUAUCAAGACAUGGGCUCCAAGCAGAAGAAGAAAGGGAAGAAGCACAGGCAUGCUAACACUUCCUCCUCGGGGGGGAGUGGCUUAGUGGAUCUUGCAGACCCGAGUAUCUUGCAGGCGCGAAUGCAGCACCAGUCUCAAGGUAGCGCCGGAGUCGGACAGGGCUUGUUUGGUGGUCAGAGUCAAGAUGAUGAGCUGCCGUCCUUGGACGAGGCUACGAACUCUGUCGAUGCGUUGGUUAACGACGACCCGAUUAUCCCUGCAGCCGGCCUGGAAGGUUUCCAGUCUGUACCGCCCGGCUUGCCCCCACCCCCUGGACUUCCAGCUAGCAUAUCGAGACCUCCGUCUACUCCAGGACAGGCGAGAUUCAGCAGUAUUGUGCCCCCGUUGCCUAAGAUGCCACCACCAGGACUGUCUCAAGGUGCUUUGACCCCAGAUCAAUCGCCAAGAAAGCCAAAACCAGUUACGCCUGUCGCCGAAGCUAAGAAGAACAUCAAGUCUCUGGCAACUGAAAGUGGCCUAUCACGAGAAAUCACAUCACAGUCGCAGCCUAAGCAGUCUAUUGGAGGACCCUUACAGGACGAGGACUUCCCGGCACUGGAUGCACUGAAGAGUAAGAGCCGACCUGCUACGCCGACACCAAAGGCCACACCGAAGGCCAAACGACAUGCCGAGAAGAUCGCGGAAAGGAUGAUGGCCAAGGCCGCAGCCAGCCAAGAGAGCAUGGCUCAGGAGAACAACGUUCAAGAGACCAAGGUUCAAGAAGCCAAAGCUCAAGAAGCCAAGGUUCAGGAGACCAAGGCUCAGCAGGCAAAAUCCACAUCAGCAACUAAAAUACCAGAGAAGAAGUCUAUUGCUGUCAACACCCAAGUUGGGAAGUCUGCUGGGUCCAAGGCUGGGGAGUCACCUUCGUCAACUGAAAAGUCUGCGACAGAAGCUUCAGCUGCUUUCCCUCCACUGCCUACGCCUUCAUCUGCUGCAGCUUCAUCUCCUGUGAUCCGGACAGCACCAAAGACAUUGCGUGUCGUUGCUACUCCGAAGACAGAAGCACCUACUCCUGCUUCCCCUGCUUUGACCAUGGCCUCUAUGGCUCUCUCGGGCUCUCGGGUGGUGUCUUCCAGUCAUAGGCCAGAUACACCCGGCAGCGAGAUGGUUAGCGACAACGCUUCGGUAGUAUCUGCCUCUGUGACCCACUCUCGUGCGAGCUCCCCGCCUCCUAGCAGAAUUGGUUCUGCUGCAGUACGAGCCACUACGAAGAGCCAGCAACGGAAGCAACGCAAGGACGUCUUGAAACAGGAAACUAAGUUGAUUGCUGAGGCCCCGGUGCCCGAGUCAGAGGUGCAUGCACCGGUCAUAGGACGAAAGAAGAAACAGAAGAAGGAGAAGCCUGUAAAGACACCUCAGUCCGAUGCUUCUACUUCUGUCCCGGAGCCUGUCAAAACCGAAUCCCCCGCUCCCGAGUCAUCACUACCAGAACCAGCUAAGGAGUCCGAACGGGAGCCAGAGGAGAAGCCUAUCAAGAGCAAGACUUUCCAAAAGAAGGCAGCAAAGUCAAAGAGCAAGGCAAAGGAGGCCGUGACUGAGUCCACUCCUCCGCCUCCAUCGCCCCCUAAGGCAUCUACCCCCGAAACUCAAGAGGCACCAGAGAAGCCAGAGCUUGGCCCGGGUUCUGUCUUCACCGAGAUCAAGAAUGCCCUGUGGGCAUCAAGCAUUGAUAAGCUACAACUUUUCAAGCCUAUUGCCAAUGGUUCAUCUCGCACCGACUAUAGUUCUGCCAACAACAAUGCCAACAAAGCUGAGCAUUGUAAGGACUGCUCUUGCAAAUGUGGCGAGAUUCAGGAUGAAGAUCUUGCAGCAUUGCGCGCGGGCAAGCCUGUGCGAAAGCAAUUUCACGUUGACGGCAGCCGUAUGCUUAUCACUCCCAACGGAGAUUGCAUCCGUGGCCUAAACCCAGAGGAGGAGGAUGCUUUCCUUGAGCUGCAAGCUGCCAUUGCCGGCACAGCAGAAAACCCUGGUUCAUUUAUUGCGCCCAGACAUCAGCCUGGAAGUGGAGCGUUCUCCCUCAUCAAGGGCAGAGCCGUUCCCAACGGACGGCCCAACAUAUUUCCCGCUACUUCUCAACUUCAAUCUCAGGACCCUAUUGGAAAGCUUCAGCGAGAAGAUGCACUUAGCUACAUCAACCAAUACGUCCUUCCUCGUCUCAACCUAGGUGCCACCAACAUGGGCUUUCCUAAGGGUGCAUCACCUACUAAGGAUGCAGCUGCUGCGAGCCUGAACUCUCUCGCACCCUAUUUCUAUGGACCUGAUGCUGCCGCUGGAGUGGGCAUCUAUAGCCCCCCCGAUGGAGCGCGAGCGAUGCAAGACUUCAGCUCGGCUGGCAUGUCGAACGAGGAGCGUGGAAAGAACUUCGGUAUGGGCGUUGGUGGCAUGCCUCUGAUGAGUGUCGAGGAUGCUGAGGCUGCGCUUACGGCUGCUCGACGCGAGACGGAGAAGUUGGAGAAGGGACUCAACAACGUGAUUCGACGUAAUCGACGACUUGUUCUUGGGGGUAACAACUAA